UCCCCUUGUGAGGGCGGAAGGACUCCAGGCCGAGAAGGACAGCUUCGAGACCUGUCGCCUUCAGUCACUUCCGGGGCGGAGCGGAAGUUGCUUUGUUUUGCUUCAAGAUGGCUGCGGGGAUGUAUUUGGAACAUUAUCUGGACAGUAUUGAAAACCUGCCCUUUGAACUGCAGAGAAACUUCCAGCUCAUGAGGGACCUGGACCAAAGAACAGAGGACCUGAAGGCUGAAAUUGACAAGUUGGCCACAGAGUAUAUGAGUAGCGCCCGCAGCCUGAGCUCCGAGGAAAAACUGGCCCUUCUCAAACAGAUCCAGGAGGCCUAUGGCAAGUGCAAGGAAUUUGGUGACGACAAGGUGCAGCUUGCCAUGCAGACCUAUGAAAUGGUGGACAAACACAUUCGUCGUCUGGACACAGACCUGGCCCGUUUUGAGGCUGAUCUGAAAGAGAAACAGAUUGAGUCAAGUGACUACGACAGCUCUUCCAGCAAAGGCAAAAAGAAAGGCCGGACCCAAAAGGAGAAGAAAGCUGCCCGUGCUCGUUCCAAAGGGAAAAACUCUGACGAAGAAGCCCCCAAGGCUGCCCAGAAGAAGUUAAAACUCGUGCGCACAAGUCCUGAGUAUGGGAUGCCCUCAGUGACCUUUGGCAGUGUCCACCCCUCUGAUGUGUUGGAUAUGCCUGUGGAUCCCAACGAACCCACCUAUUGCCUUUGUCACCAGGUCUCCUAUGGAGAGAUGAUUGGCUGUGACAACCCUGAUGUAAGAACCCUUUUGGCCUCAGGAUGGGAGGUUCUGGGGACACGAGGGAGUUGGAUACAAGAGUGGGGGGGGUCUUGGUUGAAAGUGGGCUGCAGGGUAGGAGGAAGGUGGUUGGAGAUGGUUGGCCUUGGAACCUUCAAGAAUUCUCCCAAGGGACAGAAUAAGGGAAUAUCCCUAAGGAAUUGGGGGUGGGGGGGCUCUUUUCUUUCCUUUGCCUCCCCCCCUCCCCGUCCCACUUCUGCUUCUUCCAUCCUCUUCCUUUUCCAGUGUUCCAUUGAGUGGUUCCACUUUGCCUGUGUUGGGCUGACUACCAAGCCUCGGGGGAAGUGGUUUUGUCCACGCUGCUCCCAAGAACGGAAGAAGAAAUAGACGAGGGCCUUGGAUUCCAACAGUUUCUUCCACAUCCCCUGACCUGGGCUAAUGGGGAGAGGGAUGCCUGGCUGGGGCCGGGGGUCAGGGAGAAGUGGAUGGAGCAGUGUCGUCAUCCCUCCUCCUCCCCUCCCCACUCCUGGUGCUGAGGCUGCACCCAGACCCUGGCAGGGAGGGGUGCCGCAGCCAGUAACGGUAUGUGCUCUCAUUCAGCCCACCCCCUUCGGAGAGAAGUGGUCUCGCCCACUGUCCUUUUGCCUCCAUGCUGAGGUUGGUGCUGUAUUUUCGAGGGAUGGUCCUCUUCACUCCCCUUGUUUGUAUUUAAGGACUGGGGCGGUAGCAUGGGGCCCGCCCCCCAGCCUGCUGGUUUCCUCCCCUUGUGGGGGGUUUGGGCCAUGACGUGAAAAACUUUCUUCACUCUCUUCCUGCCUUUUCUAGCUGGGGCUCCCCCACAUCAUCUGGGCCGGACCCUAGCUGAAGGGGCACCCUUCCUCUGUGCCAAGAGGGUUGAUCCUGGCCUUGUGAGUGGGCGGGGCAGGGCGGCGUGCAGGCAUCGCGCAUGUAAAGGAAUGGGCAGGUGAAUAAAAGCUAUACGUGUUGGCCUGCUGUGUUUAUUGUAGAGAUACUAUUUUAGCACCCGUGCUGAGCAUAUUUUUGCAUCCUCUGAGUUGGCUAAAAGGCGGGAGGAUGACAUGCCAGAAGUAGGACAAGACAUGGGACCAGAAGUGAUACCUCUGCCCCAGAAUCCACAACUUCUCAACUUGGAAAGCACAGAGCUGGCUGGGGACUGUGCCUCAGACCAGGGGUCUCCAAAAAUGUUUAAGAUUGUGCAUCUUUUCUCCAUAAAAUAUCUUUCACUUAAUUUCUAAUAAAUGUGUACUUGUGUUUUAUACAUGAAC